AACAAGUAAAAAAAUCAUGUAAAAACAUAACUAACGUGUUUUGAGAAAACUGAUCAAGCAAAUCGUGAAGAAAUCAUGAUAAUCCUACGUCUGUUUUAUUCAUUUAUCCUGCUAAUCAUCUUCUUAGACCCCAUCGAAGCAAUAUCUUUCACCGAUCCUUCCUUCAAAGAUGUCAAAAUUCAAACAUUCGAAGAAGAUGGAGAUUUUGUCUUUGUUUUUGACAACCUCUUCUCGCCACAGACAAUGCAGUCAUAUCUUGGUCUAGUCUCGUAUGGAAACAUUCAAGGGAUGGUUUCUUCAUGGCAGUACGCUUAUAAAGACUAUUACUUCAAUAUACAGAUAGCUAAUUCUACUAUCAAUGCUCCCUGGCUUUCACCUAUCGAUCCAAACUUCUUUGUCAAGACAAGUUUGUGGGGGAAAAUUCAAAAAGUUUCUGAAAAAAUUUCAGGUGGAAAGGUGUACUUUCCUCGUGAAGUUUCUGUGUCGAUGGUUCGAAGGUUAGACUUUACUACUACAGAUCCAGCUAAAAGUAGCGACAAGGAUGAACUGGUUGCAAGAAUACUCUUGGCACCAUCUGUAAAGAAGAAUGACUAUGGAGAAUCAAUCUUCUACAAUCAAAAGGGAGAAUCAAUGGCAGCUGUAUUCCCUAAAUUUGGUCGCCUUCUGAUGUGGAAUGCAUCGAUACCUUAUUUAUACAAGCCCCCAGCUAUGUCGUACUUGCAGGGGUUAUAUAGUAUUACCAUCAAGCUCACCACAGACAAAGACAAAAUGGAUGUAGGAGCUAAAGAAACUAAGGACCAAAUAUUCAAAACAGAUCAGUAUUCGGAAAUGGACUUUCCACUAACAGAUGAAAAGACUCUCCCAGAGAUCAACUUUGAAGAUCAUCUAACGAAAAAGAUCUACGAUAGUAAAAACCAUGUUGUGGCGUACUUUGAUGAUCUUAUGCCAAAAGGUGACUUGGAUGCUCUGCGCCUUUUCUUGCUUCAUUAUAACAGUGCAUAUGCCUAUCAGGGGUAUGAUGAGAGUGCCGAUACUGAACAUGAUAAUGUGUCAUGGAUUGCACCAAUAAAGGUAUCAAAGUUUAUUAAGAGUAGAUUAUGGAAGACGGUGAACAGAACAGUAGAGUAUUUGAGUGGCAAGUCGGGUUGGUUUCCAUACGAUGUGUCCAUGAACAUUAUCAGAAAUUCACACUAUACAAGGAUUCACGAAGACUGUGAACCACAUGAGGAUGAAUAUACAGUCCUCAUGUACUUAACUCCAGACUGGAAAGCAGAAUAUUACGGGGAGACAGCCUACUUCGAAGAAGUCAUGCAACCUAAUGGCAACCCCUAUCCGAAAGGCCAUCAGAAGUAUGAGUGGUUGACAUCUGUGCGACCUCGGUAUGGUCGUAUGGUGAUAUUUAGGGGGAUCAUACCACAUUCUGCCCGACCCCCCAGUCCUGGAUUCACUGGUGCUAGAUAUACGUUCGCUUGUAAGGUUUCCAAGACACGUCAAGUCGCCAUGGCCAAAAUGCUCCGUGAGACUAUCGAAGAUGUGGAGCCUGGGGAACCGGACUAUGAUCUGCUUCAAGACCUUGGUGAAGGCCUUUAUGACACUCCCUCACCUGGGAAAACUGUCGAAUUCCUGGAGGCAGAAGUUGAGAUGAGAAGGCAAAAGAAAAGAGAAAGAAUAAAUGACAUGAAAGAAGAACUGAUCCAAGCCGUUUAUUCAUAAAAAUAUGAAGCUGCUUUUCAAGGAUGAUAGAGAUGAUAGAUGAUAGAAGCUGGAAAAAAAAAAAAAAAGAAUAAUUGAAUAAAAAAAUAUCAAUAAAAAAGAGAAAUAGCAAUAAAAGAAUGGGUAGAGAAAAGCAAAUUUUGAAACUCCCACUAAACGGCCCCAAAACGCGCAGAAACUUCGCCAGAAUACUGAACAAGGUUCAAGCAAUGACUGCGGUAAGUUUUGAGGCAAAUUGUUGAGUGAAACAUUUCAUUGUCAUAUCUACAUCAUGACUCCCAUACAUUCCCUUAUAAACCAUACACAGGAACCUUGUUUGGGCUGCCUGCUGUGAUGAGAGAAAGUUUCAAUUCAUUUCAGGUCUCUCCCUCGAUUUCCGCCUUCAAAACCUAACACGCUACUGAAAUUACAAUUUCCACUCUAUUAACUAUGUUUUAACCUUAAAAGCUUUUUUAAUCUUCAUCCGACAACCGUAAUCAGACAUUCGUGAAAGUUAUAAAAAUAUUUUUCGUAAAGGUUCCAUAUCGCUGUCGAUAUUUUAUCUCAUUGUUUUACUUACACCCUCAUGAGCGAAUGUUCUCAUUUGUCAGCGUGAAAUCCUACACAAGAUUUCCCGCUUUCACAGACCUAUUCACUCCUUUCGUUGCGAAUUCUUUAUUUAGUAACUAAAACUUUUCGUUCAAAACAAAAAGAGCUAGUGUUUAUAAUCCGAGUUUUAAAUAUUCAAGAUUUCUGACGUCUUCGUUUUCCACAUCACACCGAACCGUUGCAAAAACCUGCAUUCAAAAAGAUUUUGGAAAAUUAGAAUGAAGUUUGAAUAGUUCAGUUUGAAAACAGCUGCAAAUUUGUUUUUACGAAGCAUUCUUUUACUUGUUUUGAGUAAGUAAGCAUGGAAGCUCCCAUCGCUUUUUUUAGCGCCACGCCUCCACGCAAUUGUUCAUAAUAUAAACACUGCUCUUCUCUACGCAACGGCUUACGUGAGCCAAACAUUAUCGGRAUUCAAAAACUUAUUUUGAACAUUAAGACGUUUGGGAUGAAAAGUUUGUAUGACAUAUAUUUAAUUUAUAUUCUCUUUAAAAAAUCAAGUAUCAAUUAGAAAAAGGCUGCAAAGUUUGGCGGAGACCUCUUCCAAGUUGCACUGAAUUUACUAGAGAAAUAAAAACAUUGGAUGGU